AGCCUACUCACCAUUUCUCUCUCCUGCACUUUUUGGCAUAUUUUAUCUUGCACAUGACAACUCAGACAUUAACAACAAGAACACAAAGUCUUGAUUCUAUUUCUCACACUUUUUAGGGUUUUCAAAGCCGGCAACAAAACCCAUCUGAUUUCCCUCUGGAUUUACAAACUUGAUUGUAUCAGAUUUGGAACUUUACUAGAUCUUGUUAACAUAGGAGUUACUUGUUUUUGCAAGAAAUGGGUUACAGUUGCGAUUAUUGUCGCGAGGCUAGAUCGAUGGUGUACUGUCGAUCGGAUGAAGCAUACUUAUGUUUAUCCUGUGACCGGAAUGUUCAUUCUGCAAAUGCUUUAUCCAAACGCCAUUCAAGAACGCUCGUGUGCGAUAAAUGCAAUACACAACCAGCAUUUGUUAGAUGUGUUGAGGAAAAGCUUUCACUUUGUCAAAAUUGUGAUUGGGAGGGUCACAACAGGCCUAAUUCGGCUUCCACUUCGCACAGUCGUCACACAUUGAAUUGCUAUAAGGGCUGCCCUUCGGCCGCUGAUUUAUCUUCAAUUUGGUCAUUUAUGUGUGAUCCACCACCUGUCAUUGAUUCCACUUGUGAGCAGGAAAUGGGGUUGAUGAGCAUUGCUGACAACAAAAAUGGUCAAAAUUUAUCGUUAUCAACUGAGAAUAACAACUUGCAAAAUGUAAUUCAACAACCCAAUCCAAAAGAUUCAUCUACAUUUAAGGUUUCAGAUACAAAAGGGGUUGAACAGUUCAUCGAUGACGGGUUCUAUGAUGACUUCAAUAUGGAUGAAGUUGACUUGAGUAUCGAGAAAUAUGAAGUACUGUUUGGUGUAGGAAGUAAUGAUCUAGAAAAUCUUUUUGCUCAAGAUGGGAUCAAUAGCUUAUUUGGUACUAAGGAUGCAUCUGUUGCUGAAUCCUCCUGUCAGGGUGGAUAUGCUGCCAAGGAGUCUUCAACUGGAAAUGGAGUUCAACCCACAUGCAGCAACGCGGCAUCGGUUGAUUCUAUAAGGAGCUGUAAAACAGAACCAAACCUGUGUUACGGGAACCCACUCUCUAACAUUUCAUUUUCAAGUCUGACUGGGGAGAGCAAUGCUGGUGACUAUCAAGAUUGUGGAGCCUCGUUUAUGGGUGAGCCACCCCCCGCUCACGAUAGCGCCACUCCUUCUGGUAGCAGGAAUGAUGCUGUCCUCCGUUACAAGGAAAAAAAGAAGACCCGCAAAUUUGAGAAGACAGUAAGGUAUGUUACACGGAAGGAAAGAGCGGAUGUAAGAAAGCGUGUAAAAGGGCGUUUUGUGAAGGCGGGUGAUGCUUAUGAUUACGAUCCCAUGAGCCAAACCAGAAGCUACUAAUGCAUGAGGAAAGUAAAUAUAUAUCUAAUCUAAUCUAGAAAAGAUUACUUUCCUUGAGCAAUGACAAGACACUUAUAUGGUUGUCUUCCAGACUGUGUGCGUGUUGGUCAGCCGCCGGAGAACGAACUCUAAUCACACCACUUGAAAUCAAGAUUUUCUAUCAAAGAUUGGAUCUUGACAGUCUGCCGGAAAAAAAAAAAAAAAAACAAGAUUUAUGAAACCCUUGAGCAAAAGCGCGAUGUUGAUCUGUUUCUGUAUUCAAUGGUAUCAAAGACGUUUUGGCCCGAUGAAGAUCAUUGUAAUACUGCAUGAUGUAUCUACUACAUAAACGAGGAAAGAUUUGCAAACUACGAGCAAGAAGAACUGUUUUUUUAUUUUUAAGUAGCUUGUAAUCUUUUAUUUAUUUUAUUGAAACUGUGAUGUAUCUACUACAUAAACGAGGAAAGAUUUGCAAACUACGAGCAAGAAGAACUGUUUUUUUUUUU